AGCGGGCAUUCGGCUUACAAAGCGGAUAGUGGGGGUUAGUUACGGCGGAAUCGCAAAUAUUCGGUGAUGGUGGUGCGCGACAAGGGUGAUAAAAAAAUCAGUGUCGCGAGAACGUGAAUUUGGACGGGCCUAGUGGACACGCGAGGCCAUGCGUCCGUUUUACGUCGCGUUCGCACACGUCGCUGCACGAUCUCGUAGCGUCGCGAUGCCUUUGCUCGCGUCGUUCCUCGCAAUUACGCAAUGAUUAGUCAUCACGAUGUUGGAUCCGGGGUGUUAGGAUCGUUUGUGACUUUGUUCGAUCGAAAGAUUUCUUUCUCGAUGGUUGAUCGUGGAUGAACAGUUACCAGCAUGAGCUUUUGGUCCCGCAGACGAUUUCAUAUCACUCCGCUACAAGCGUUUGCGGCGCUGUUUCUCAUGAUCAUGCUGUUUUGGUACAGCCUCAGUCGGCAAGAGACGCCUCAGCAACCGUGCAGCGUGCCCGAGGAAUUCACGGAGAAGCUACACGAACUUACCUACAGGGUCCACUUAGUGCUAGCGAAACUGAGCAUCGUGCACUUUCUGUGCUUCGGAGGACUCUGGGGUCAAGUUCGAAUCGGUCGUGCCUUGCCAUGGGCACGUAAGGUCGAGCUUUGCUUGGUCGACACUCUCAGAGACGAUGUCCUAAUCACGAAAGCAUUUCGUCAAGCUGCUUUGAGCGCUACAUACCUGCACGCGGCCGGUGUGUAUCGAAUCCAGGAACACGGGGUCGGCGAAGAUGCGCCCAAGGUGGAGGUCGUCGUCUUCGAGAAGGAUGCCGUGACACGAAUGGUAAGAAGAGUAGGUUGGACAAGAAGGGUGUUGCCUCCGGACUGCGAAUUUUCCCCCAGUCUACAAUGUUUUCCACCUCGGCUUAUAAUUCCUCCCUUACCGGCGAAACUGUUCGGUAGUCGAUUAAUACCUGUCCCUAGAGGAGGCAUCGAAUUGCAAAAAUAUCACUAUCCUAACGAUUGGUGGCUCGAGGUGAAACCCACCGAUUGCACCGAGCUACAAGAAACCAACGCGUAGUGCUACAUUUCAUAGUAGACGCGAUAUAUUCCCGAUGUAACGAUAAAUCUUUCGAACAGACAGCCGAAGAUGUCCUCUAGGAUUACUAAAGAAAGGACAAAAUGGAACGCGCGUGUUACCUUUGUCCGGUCCUAUUACGAAAGCAUUUUUAUUUUUCAUAGACUCGUUUCACGAAACUACUAGAAAUAUAUAAUUCGAGACUUGGAAUUUAUUGAAAUUGGCAAUGUAAAAUCGAAGAUUCGUAUUGAGAAGGAAGCUACGUAUUAGGUUGUCCGAAAUGUUUAUUUCUGUUUUAUAAGGAAAUAAUAGGCGCGCAAUGUUUUUUGUUUUAUAUUAGUUUAUCGAAUUACGCGGCAGCAUAAUAAUAGAAACAGAGCGAAACGGAUCACACGUAAUUCAAUAAAAUAAUAUAAAACAGAAAUUGUUGCUCAUCUAUUAUCACCUUAUGAAACGAAAGAAACGAAUCGGACGAUCUAAUAUAUAUUGUUUAUUUUAUAACACGACUCGUUGCGUUUGUUUGAACAUACGGCAAUGUGCAAAAGUUUCUGACCAAAUAGAUUUACAGUUUAUAUUUUAAAGGCGACGUUCUAAAGAAUUUUAACUAUACAGUACACGGUAUAAUUGAACGGUAAUAACGAUUGUUAUUUAUCAAUUAUUAGAAUAUGAAGGGAAUUUUUGUUAUAUCUUUCACUUGCUAUGUCCUUAUCUAAUAAUAAAUUCUGUUAGAUAUCGUUUUUGGAAUACAAAAUGGAAACUUGCGUAUAGUUUGCGAAUUUAAUAUAUAAAGGAAUCUCAUGGAAUUAGUUUUGAUAGCUAUAAAGUAACUCGUUGAGUUUCAGAUUAAUUUAAGAAUCGUACAUAAAACACACGAUGGUGGAUGAUCGAUCAUUAAAAUCAUCGGUGAAAGUUCGUGUUUUGUUUUUACAGACUUUCGGACAAUGUUGUUCUUUCAGCUAUUAAAAGACGGUUGAUGAAUGUAAUUAUUCGUGAAUAACAGGUUUCGGUAACGACAUUGGCGAUGUUCUAGGAAAAAGUCGCUCCUAAGAAAGUACCACGAAUUAUAGCUAAACUACGCGAGAAAAGUUUCAACGUUCGGUCGUCGAAUAAGAAAUUUUGUGUUUGCGAUUUUAUACGAGCGUUGAAACUUUAUCAUUUUUGUCAUUGUAUCGACAGAAUCGUACGCUCUCGUGAUCGAAAUUACCGAUCGCGACACCGAUGAGAAAUAUCGGAGACAAAUAUAUGAUAAGCCAAAGAAACAAUUAGUUUGCUGGGUGGCACGUAAACGGGGAAAAUGAAAUUUUCCAAGCGUAAAUUAGAACUUAUGAAAGUUAGACAAUUGUGUCUUCAUACUUUACACGCUAUGAUUUCAUUUAGCGAAUAGCAAAUAUUAGAGACAAGUCUGAUAGUGAGUGUGAACCCUUUGCACUUUGCCGAUUGCUUUAAUGAUUACAAUUAAAUGAUUACGAUUAAUAUAUUAUGGCGAUAUUUAUACGAAAUACUAAAAUUUCAUUUCAUAGAAAAUUAUUUAAUUUUCAUAUUCUCGAUCUUGCUCGAUUUCAUUUCACUACGUUCUUUAAAUCAUAUUUGAUUCAAUUGCUUUUUUUUUAUUUAAAAACCUAGGUAAUAUUUUUAUGUUUGCGAAAGGUACGAAAGAAUCGUUAUUAAUAUAAAGAAUUUCACGCAUCUAUUUGAUGGCAAUGUUUGCCUCGAAACAUUGGAUGCGUUUUUUAUUUCUUGGAACGAGACCGAGAUCGAGAUAUAAAAUUUGGAAGACUGUAACGUGAGUCCGUGAUACAUUUUUCAAGGUAUUUUAAAUAAUAAAAUAUCUUGGCUCGUCGUAUAAUAUAAACGUUAUACGAAGAUACGGUAUAUUACGCGCGAUGUAUUAUCUUUAAACCUAGCCGACACAUAUUAUGGCACGCAUACGAUAUGUUGUCGCAUUUCUGUCACUCUGAGACAAGACGUUAGGUUGUAAUUAGUAUAUCGCGAAUGCAAAGGGCUGAAUUUACCAUAAAUUAUACACAGACAGAAUCGCAGUAAGAUGAUGUAAAUUGGACAGUAAGCGACACCCUCCUGUCUACAAUCGUUAAUAAGUCACUAAGAUACUUUUCCAUAAGGUACGAUUUAAUUUGUAUAUAAAUCUAAUUUUUCUUAUAUCUCUCCAACUUGAAAAAUCUCAAGUUAUUUCUAUUUUUAAAGCUACAAUUUUUCAUCAAAUUUGUUUGAUUCUCUUCUUUGAAAUUAUACAAUUCUUCGUUAAAUCUUACUGCGAUCCUGUGUAUGUCCACUGUAAAUGGUAUUUACAUAAACAACCUAACAAUCUCUGUGUCUAUUAACUAUUUUGAUCCGAAAUGUGAAAAGAUACAGAUAUGCUUCUUUCAAAGCUUUGAUAGUACAAUUAUUUAUACGACUAUUUGUACCGCUUUUUAAACGCUAUAUCAACGAAAACAAACGUUCCAAUUUUUCCAUAUUUCUACAGACUCGUCGAAUUCCUCUCGAAUUAACGUUGCAUUCGCAUCCGUCGAUUAUCGUCGUUAGAAGUACUUUCUUCGUCGUCGUUUCAUCGAAUUGUAUUGUGAUUCACGAACGUAGCAUGUUUUUCACGAUAAUUCAUGUUGAUUUGGCUGUGAAUGUUGAAACGUGUUUGCGUCGACUUUAUUACAGUGCCAUGUAAUUGAAAAUGUAAAGACGUUCGUGUAAAAGCGAACGACAAUUGCCGCUUAUGAUUUUGUUUUGUUUCGCGCAAUUACUAUCUCGUGAUCAGGCAAUAUAUUUAGCGUUUUAUAAUUUUAUAUAAUUUUUACUUAAUUUUUAUAUCUCUUCUUCUUCUUGAAUUCUUAUUCUUGUUUUUUCUUCUUAACGAGUGUACUUAAAAGUUAAUUCUCGUUCGAAACGUAAAGUAAUGUACGAAACAAACUUAACAAAGACUGAACUUAUUCUAUACGCUAUUUUAAACGAAUUUUUAAUUUAUUCUUCGGUUAAAAAAAAAAAAGGACCGAGUAUCGUUGUUUGCAUCUAAUGGAGAACGAGACAAUUUAACGUUACUGCGGACAAAAAUGAUAGGAAUCGUUGUAAAAGGAAGUUGAGAAAGCGUUUGUUAACAUUUGAUCUAUACUAUGCUUCCAGAAAUUGUUAAUCAGCGUUACAUUUUCCUGUCGAUUGUGUUUCAAAUUAAAUGCACAUAUCAUUCCUCAUAUUUUAUAUGGAUGCACAUAUUUGUAUGUAACGUACCUUGUGAGUGACGAACGAUCCAAGUCAUUGUAGUUGUCCCUUAAAACCUCACACGUGGUUAAAUAAAACAUGUAAAAAAAGAA